AAAAAAAAUUGAGGCUGAGAAAUUGUCAAAUUCCAACGUUCAUCGAAAAAGAAGCUCCAUAGAUGCCGCCUCGGGAGAUGUGGCGAACUUUUAGUGCGGAGCUGAAGCAGGUCCCUGACCAUUAUUCUUUGAUUUUGACAUUUUCGUCUUUUCAAGCGAAGAUCUGUUGUCGCCAUCAACGAAAGCUAAGAUUCGAACUGGAACCGUCUUCAAAUUCUUUUUCCUCUUCCGGAAUCCUUCACUUUUUCCCAUUUUAUGUCUCUGUAAGUGGUCUAAAUUUGAUUGCAUUCAGUCUGAUUGGUUGCUGAGAAUAUGAAGGAAAACGUGUACAGAAUCGGAAUUAAAAGUGAUCCUCAUGAUCACGUGUUGUGGAUUUUUUAUGAAAUGAGGCUCCAAUUUGAGAAAAUUGUAGUUCAGAACUCAGUAGCUUGGAAUGGAUUUUAAUUGAAUUACGUAGUAAUGGUUUAAAGUUAUCCGAUUAAGGAAUGUAAUUAUGUUAAGAUUUUGACGAUAUGCGAUUUACAUUUACUAAUCUAUGCCGUGAUUGGAGAGUUUGAACCUGGCUUUUCUUUUAAUGCAUUGAUCUGGAAGUAUAUAUUGAUUACAGAGGAUCCUUCUUCUAUGAUUAAAAACUCUUCGAAAUUAUAUGUUUAGAUCGGUUGUUAUACGGAAUAGAAUUUAAUGAACACAGUGAAUUAGCAAGUUGUGUUAGAAAUAUGAGGAUGAUCCACGAAAUUUGGAAUUAAGUUCAUGAUGUUCUCUCUCAGGAUGCUGUUCGAGGCUACUGCUGAUGCAACGACCCUCGGGUACUGGUUAAACUGGAGGGUAUUGAUCUGUGCAAUUUGGGUAUUUGCUUCUUUUACCUUAUCAAUUUGGAUGAUAUGGGAAUAUGAAAUUAAGGAUAGAUUAGGACACAGCACACAAGAAACUCAGCAAGAUAAAAACAAACUUCGGAGUUGUGAAGCUUGGAGACCAUGUCUCAGACAGAUUCAUCCAAUCUGGAUGUUGGCUUUUCGAGUUUGUGCGUUCGGUUCGAUGUUGGCUUCGCUUAUUGUGAAGACUUUGGCUAACGGGGCUUCCACAUUUUAUUAUUAUACCCAGUGGACAUUUACUUUACUUACAAUAUAUUUUGCGUGUGGGUCGGUAAUUUCCAUAUAUGGAGUUUUUAUCUGCAACAGAAAAAGAACCGAAGGUCUUAAUGAACAUCUUAAUGAGAAUAAUAUGGAAGAAGGGCAACAUGUUCCUCUUCUUUCUGGGAAGCCUUCAAAUUUAAUUGGUGGAAAUAUAGUUUCAUAUUCCAAGGAGCAAAGCUUUUCUCCUGCCGACAUCUGGAGUUAUAUUUUUGAAGUUUUAUUCCAGAUAAAUGCAGGGGCAGUUGUACUCACUGAUUGCACUUAUUGGUUCGUCAUAUUUCCAUUUCUUACCAUCAAAGAUUACAAUUUCAGCUUUAUGACGAUCAAUAUGCACACGCUGAAUUUGGCUUUACUUCUCGGUGAAACUGCUCUUAAUAGCUUGACGCUCCCAAGCUUUCGAAUUUCAUUCUUCUUUUUAUGGACGGGUAUUUAUGUCAUUUUCCAGUGGAUCAUCAAUGCAGUUGUUUCGAUUGGGUGGCCAUAUCCAUUUCUUGAUCUGUCAGUUCCUUAUGCCCCAUUAUGGUAUGCACUGAUGGGACUGAUUCAUAUUCCAAGCUAUGGUGUUUUCAUGUUGAUUAUAAAACUGAAACAUGAACUGAUGAUGAAGUGGUUCCCUCAGUCGUACCAGUGCUAGCAAGACUGACAAAUUUUGAAUCCAUGGUAAGUUUUGAUUGCUUAAUUCUUUUCUUCUGUGUACCUCUUCCCUACAAAAGUAGGACGCGUGAUGUUGAAAUAGCAAAUAUUCUGACUACAAAUGCAAAGGAAUAGGAGAUGGAACCCAUUGUAGAUGGUAUUACCAAAUGAUGUAAAUGUAUAAGUUCCAUAGGUUUGAUCA